AGAACUAAAGGUCAAGCAAGCUACUCCUCCUGCAGAACAAGCAGUGUGCCCUUGUAUGCAUUCGUCCAAGCCCAAAGAGGCCAAAAGUGAGCCAUCGGAGGAGAAAGAGGCAGAGCCCCCUAAAAAGGAACCAGUAGUGAGAGCUAAGAGAGAGCGUGACAUGUGCAGGCCAGUUGACAAGCCAAAAAGGAGAGAGGCUGCAAGGAAAUUGGAAUUAGAAGCGGCAAUCAGGAAGAGAGAACUACGACUUAAAAAGGAAGCGAAGGCCACAAAAGAAGAGUCUCAACAUGUAGAUGCUGGGGUGCCUGCACCUGCACCUGCACCUGCACCUGCGCCAGUUCCCGCCUGUCAACCCACACCAGUCUACUGGCCAUCAUCAUCUCCUGGCUGGUAUUUGCAUCAUAUAUUCACAGACAAUCCAUUUCCACCUACAACUAUGACAGCUCAUCCAGCUCAGCCAUUUUACCAAGCUCCUCCAGCUUACCAAGCUCCUCCAGCUUAUCAAGCUCCUCCAGCUUAUCAAGUUUAUCAAGCUCCUCCAGUUUAUCAAGCACCUCCAGCUCAACCAGCACCAGCUCAACCAGUACCAGCUCAACCAGCUCAACCAACAGCUCCAGUUCUACCGGCUGAACCAGCACCUGUACCAGCACCUGGACCAGCACCUGCACCAGCACCUGGACCAGCACCUGGACCUGCACCAGCUCCAUCGACUCAAGAACCACAGGCUCCCAAAGAAAAGGCUGCUUCCACAAAGAAGGUUCCAAAGGAAAAGACCAAGGCAGCUGCCUCAAAGACGGAGUCUCCUAAAGGAAAAGUUAAGACGCAAGAACUUGCGGUGUCCAAAGGGAAGUUCAAACCAGCUGUUGUAAAGAAAGGAGCUGUUGUCUCUGAAGAAAAGACAAAACCUUCCACGACAAAGAAAGAGGUUGUUGUUUCCAAAGAUAAAGCUAAAACAACAACUGCCAAGAAAGAUCCUGCGGAAAAGGACAAGGACAAAAUAACUCCUACAAAGAAAGAGCCUGCAAUCUCCAAAGAAAAAGUCAAGGCAACCACUAGCCGGACAACCACACCCUCUACCAAGAAAGCCAAAGCUAAAGCCACACACUCUGUGAAGACGGACCAGCCCACUAAACCACAUAAAGCUGAGAAGGCUGAGAAGACUAAGAAGACUGAGAAGGCUGAGAAGACAAAGAAGGCUGAGAAGGCUGAGAAUACUGAGAAGGCUGAGAAGACAAAGAAGACUGUGAAGGCUGAGAAGACUGAGAAGGCUGAGAAGACUAAGAAGACUGAGAAGGCUGAGAAUACUGAGAAGACUAUGAAUACUGAGAAGGCUGGGAAUACUGAGAAGGCUGAGAAGACUAAAAAGACUGAGAAGGCUGGGAAUACUGAGAAGACUGAGAAGACUAAGAAUACUGAGAAUACUGAGGAGACUGAGAAGACUAAAAAGACUGAGAAGGCUGAGAAUACUGAGGAGACUGAGAAGGCUGAGAAUACUGAGAAGGCUGAGAAUACUGAGAAGGCUGAGAAUACUGAGGAGACUGAGAAGGCUGAGAAGACUGAGAAGGCUGAGAAGACUGAGAAGGCUGAGAAGAAAGCUGUGAAAGAGGCUCAAGAAAAAGAAGUAAAGACCCCUGGUAAAGCAAAAGAUUCUCAGACUGAGGAAAGUGCCCCGGACAAGAAGAAGACGUCUGGUCAAACAUUCUUGCAGUGUGUUUUUAUUGGUGGAAAGAGUGCCCACUACCCUUUGCUACCUUCCACCCCUGGUGUGACCCCUGUGUCGAUGAGCCCAGCCAUGCAGUCCAUGAUGAUGCAGCAGGUGCAGCAGCAGAAAGCCCGAGCAGUGGGACAGUAGACGAGCUCCUCAGCCCUAUGCUGCUCCCUCAUCUCAGUCUGCACUUCAACCUUCACCAGCAGGUGGCGCUGCUUGUAUUUACUGCUGGCCCACUGGCUUCUCAUUGAAAACGGAGGACAAUCAGGAACUAAAGGGGAAGGAUGGAUGGACAGUACAGUAUUAUUUAUUUUUCUAUGACCGGUCGAGCUCCCGUGAGUUUCUAAGCCCCUAAUUUCCUUUCCUUUAGUUGUGGCUUUGCUGCUUUUUCAACACUCUUAGAAAAACAGUUACAAAAGGGAUCUUUGGCUGUCCCAAUAGGAGAACCCUUUUUGGUUCCAGGUAAAACCGUUUUUGGUUCCAAGUAGAACCAUUUUGGGUUCCAUGUAGGACCCUCUGCGGACAGUAUUCUACAUGGAACCCAAAAGGGUUAUACUUGGAACCAACAAGUGUUCGUCAAAGGGUUAUUCUAUGGGGACAGCCGAAUAACCCUUUUAGGUUCUAGAUUACACCAUUUUUUCUAAGAGUGUAGCGCUCAGUGUUGAAUUCUUUGUGAUCUAUUUUUGUCUGUAUUUCUCUGUAUUCUGAUGUAUUUAUUAUGAAAGGAGUGUAGGUUAUGGAUACAUCACCUUCAGCAGCAAAUGGAAUUGAUCAUUUCUGCACAUUUCAACAAAAUGCAAUGUACACAUACAUAUCAUUUGUAUUUUAGCUGAAGAUAAAUGUACUGUAUAUAAUGUACAUCUUGAUGUUAAAUCUUGUCGUUUACGUUUGUCGAAUGGUUACUUCACACCAUUAUUUUUGUUACAUCACAACAUUCAUCAAGUUAAUGAUUUCAAUACUUUUCUGUACAUUAAUUUUUGGGCCAUACAUAUAUGGCACUUGGAUAUAAAUGGAGUUAGGAGUUUCAUUUCAUGUUUUGAUUCUAUUUUGUUGAAGGGAACUCACUGAAAAUGCUGUGCAAUAACAAAUGAACAAUGUUACUCACUUUGGCCGAACAUGUCCAUGUUUGUAGGUUUCUGUUGAUGUGUGUCAUACCCUGCUAAUAUUGCACUCUGUGCCUGACCUGUGUCAGGAAAUCCAAAACCAUAUUUUCAGACACUAUUGUAGAAGUUGCGCAUCAAAUCCAGAGUACAAAAGAUACUGCAAAUAAACAAUGACCCACUGGGGCAAAAACAGGUUGAAUGAACGUUGUUUCCACGUAAUUUCAACCCCCCCCAAAAAUCGACGUGAUUGUGGAAUCGACGUGGGAAACUGAUUCGAUUAAGUUGUCAACGUAAGGGCAUUUCAUAUUCUUUUCACCCAACUUUUAACCUAAGUCUAAUGACAUGGUGACAUUUGUCAUUGAUUUCAAGUUAAAUUCACGUUAGUUGACAAUUCAACCAAAUGUAAAUCAAAACUAGACGUUGAACUGACGUCUGUGCCCAGUGGGGAAGAUCUUCAGAAAAUAUAUAUUUUUAAUUGUGUGGCUUUGUGCAUCAUAGUUUGGUCAAGAAAGAGGAUAGAUAUUUGUUUUUGCCUAAAAAUGGCCCUAAUAUAUAUUUUAGAUUCAGACAUAAUAUCAUUAGUUAAUGAAAAAAAGGUCAAAUGUCAUCCCCCUUACAAAGAUGACCAGGAGUUUUCACCUACAGUAAACGUGUCCGCUCAUUGUCAGACGUUAUAAAAUAUGGUUCACAGGCAUGCUAACACCUACUGUAUACAUCUGCCCAGAUCUACAUACACACAUGAACAUGGCCUUAUCACUCAUCACUUACACUGUGAUGUUGUUUUAUGUAUUGUAUGUUUAAUGUAUUGCUUCCAUGUAAAUAACUGCAUCCGCUUGUAUUUUGCUGCUUGGCAUGUCGGUAAAAGAUUGUGGGAUAUUGAGUACGGUAGAAUUACUCAUGGGAGCUCCCGUUGUUAACCAGAAGAACCUCUUUCUCGCUCUCACUCUCGCUCUCUCUCUUCCUCUGAGGAGUGUGUGUAAUGAGAAUGCAACACUAGAGGAGGUCAAGUCAAUGACUGUCCACACGUUUCUAUGACCAACAAUGAUUAUCGUGAGAUGGCGUUAUGAUGUUACCCUGUGAUAUAUAGGUGUGGUCUGACUUCAUCAUCAUGUCAUGUUCCUAUCAUGGCGCUUGCUUCUAUGUGGAGCAGCCAACUGCUGAAAUACAGUGCCUUCCAUAAUCAUUGGGACAGUGAAGCAUUCAUUUCUUAUUUUGGCUCUGUACUACAAAAGUUUGUAUUUUAAAUCAAACAGUGACUGAGGUUAAAGUGCUGACUGAGAGCUUUAAUUUGAGGGUAUUUAUCAUCCAUAUCGGUUGAACCGUUUAAAAAAUUACAGCACUUUUGUGCACAGUCCCCAUUUUAGGGGACCAAAAGUAUUGGGACAAAGUAGUACAAAUGUAAGUAUUUUGUCCUAUAUUCAUAGCACGCAAUGACUACAUCAAACUUGUAACUCUACAAACUUGUUGGAUGCAUUUGCUGUUUGUUUAGUUGUGUUUGUGGUUGUGGUUGUGCAGUCCCUUUUAUUGUAAUAAGAAUAGAAAACACUGAUACAUCAAUGUAAAUAGUACCAUAUGAUUACGGAUACUUUUUUAAUGAAUCGUGAAAUUGUGAGUGAGUUACAGACAAAAAGUUACAAACACAAGAAUAUCACACCCCCAAGACAUGCUAACCUCUCACCAUUACCAUAACAGUGGAGGUCAUAAUUUGUGCGCGUCUGUAACUUUCUCGCUCAUCAUUAUUCAAGAUUCAUUCAGGAUUAUCCGUAAUAUGGCAGCAUCCACACAUCCACAUAUUCUCAUUCACAAAAAAAGUGGCUCCAAAAUGACACAAUACAUUAUUUACCAUUAAUUUCUAUUGGAUACGAAAUAAUCUGAAACACAACCAAAAAUAAAAGCAAAUGCAUCCAAUAAAUGUGUAGAGUUACAAACAUGAUGUAGUCACUGCGUGCUGUGAAUAUGGGACCAGAUAAUUAACUACUUGCAAGUACUUGCUUUACUGUCUCAUAAAGGAGGGCACUGCAUUUUCAAGUAGGUGUGCCUUUUUCUGAUAAUGGUGUUGCUGAGCUGAGUCCAGCAUUUAACUGGGCUCAGCUCAGUACGAGACUUGAUGUCAGGAGUCCAUGUUUCAAGACCAUGUGAAAGAAAAUAUUGGAUCUGAGCUUAGAUGUCCUCGCUACAACAGAAGGGACGAUAAGUACAGUUGACGUCGGAAGUUUACAUACACUUAGGUUGGAGUCAUUAAAACUCGUUUUUCAACCACUCCAAAAAUGUCUUGUUAACAAACUAUAGUUUUAAGUCGACUAUAAGUCGGUUAAGACAUCUACUUUGUGCAUGACACAAGUACGUUUUCCAACAAUUGUUUACAGGCAGAUUAUUUCACUUAUAAUUCACUGUAUCACAAUUCCAGUGGGUCAGAAGUUAACAUACACUAAGUUGACUGCCUUUAAACAGCAUGGAAAAUUCCAGAUAAUUAUGUCAUGGCUUUAGAAGCUUCUGAUAGGCAAAUUGACAUCAUUUGAGUCAAUUGUAGGUUUACCUGUGGAUGUAUUUCAAGGCCUACCAUCAAACCCAGUGCCUCUUUGCUUGACAUCAUGGGAAAAUCAAAAGACAUCAGCCAAGACCUCAGAAAAACAAUUAUAGACCUCCACAAGUCUGGUUCAUCCUUGGGAGCAAUUUGCAAACGCCUGAAGAUACCAUGUUCAUCUGUACAAACAAUAGUACGCAAGUAUAAACACCAUGGGACCACGCAGCCAUCAUACCGCUCAGGAAGGAGACGCGUUCUGUCUCCUAGAGAUGAACGUACUUUGGUGUGAAAAGUGCAAAUCAAUCCCAGAACAACAGCAAAGAACCUUGUGAAUAUGCUGGAGGAAACAGGCACAAAAGUAUCUAUAUCCACAGUAAAACGAGUCCUAUAUCGACAUAACCUGAAAGGCCGCUCAGCAAGGGAGAAGCCACUGCUCCAAAACUGCCAUAAAAAAAGCCAAACUACGCUUUGCAACUGUACAUGGGGAGAAAGAUCGUACUUUUUGGAAAAUGUCCUCUGGUCUGAUGAAACAAAAAUAGAACUGUUUGGCCAAAAUGACCAUCAUUAUAUUUGGAGGAAAAAGGGGGAGUCUUGCAAGCCGAAGAACACCAUCCUGACCAUGAAGCACAGGGGUGGCAGCAUCAUGUUUUGGCUUUGCUGCAGGAGGGAUUGAUGCACUUCACAAAAUAGAUGGCAUCAUGAGGAGGCAAAAUGAUGUGGAUAUAUUGAAGCAACAUCUCAAGACAUCAGUCAGGAGGUUCAAGAUUGGUCGCAAAUGGGUCUUCCAAAUGGACAAUGACUUCAAGCAUACUUCCAAAGUUGUGGCAAAAUGGCUUAAGGACAACAAAGUCAAGGUAUUGGAGUGGCCAUCACAAAGCCCUGACCUCAAUCCCAUAGACAAUUUGCGAGCAGAACUGAAAAAGCAUUUGCGAGCAAGGAGGCCUACAAACCUGACUCAGUUCCACCAGCUCUGUCAGGAGGAAUGGGCCAAAAUUCACCCAACUUAUUGUGGGAAGCUUGUGGAAGGCUACCCGAAACGUUUGACCCAAGUUAAACAAUGUAAAGGCAAGGCUACCAAAUACUCAUUGAGUGUAUGUAAACUUCUGACCCACUUGGAAUGUGAUGAUAGAAAUAAAAGGUGAAAAAAAUAAUUAUUUCUACUAUUAUUCUGACAUUUCACAUUCUUAAAAUAAAGUGGUGAUUCUAACUGACCUAAAACAGGGAAUUUUAACUAGGAUUAAAUGUCAGGAAUUGAUGUCAGGUGAAAUGUAUUUGGCUAAACUUCCAACUUCAACUGUAUAUUUACAAUCCAUGGUGACUUGAGAGCCCAUACGGUGAAUCCCUGAGCGUAACGGCUGAGCAAUGGCUUUGUUUGUUUCGAAUGUAGCUGUCUCAGCCUGCUGUAUGGUAUCUAUCUACUAUCUAUCCAUACAUUUUGCAGUGGUACAGUAAACUGUCUUUUUCCAAGGACACGUGCAUCCACAGUCAGCAAAAACAGCUCGACAAAGUGUUGAAAAGUAGGCCAGAGAAUAAAAGAAACUUGACUUUGAAGUUCCAGAGCUCCAUUUCCUGUUCCACCAGAGGAAAUGCUGCUGUGUGCUGUGUGUUGUUUUCUGUGGAUCUGACUAAUGGCUGGGGGCAGAGUCCCCCCCACCAUGAGAUACACUCAUCAAUGAUAAACAUCAACAUCAACAGCAGUGAAUAAUAUUUUUUCAUAAUUAUAACUAUGUCUUACCUUUCUAUUCUUGUAUUUUUUUUGUCAGGGAAACUUGUUUACUGGUGGUGGAAAGUACUUGUUGGUUAACUGCUCUUCAUUAUGAGCUUGGUCAUAUCAUCAUACCUUUCCCAGUCACUAGGUAUAACAAAGCAACGACAAAGACAACCACACCGUAUGAGGUUUUAAUACCUUAAGUUUACUUGAUUUACACCAGUGCUGCUGGCACAUUUCAGUGAAUUUAUUCACUUGUGGAAUGUCUUGACAGAGUACAGACCUCAGAUAUACAUGAUUCAUAAGCACUGAGUAUGUGCCGAUUAUGUGAGCUGUAACAAUGUCAUUUCAAAAACAUUAUUCAGAAUUGAAAUAUGUUUUGGGUUGUUUUGUUCUUUAAGACGAUUCAGUUUUGUUAAUUGCCUGUAUUAUGCAUGACUGUUAUUUGAACAAAGACAACACAUUUUGCAGUUGUUGUCCCUUGUUUUCAGCAACACUCUGGUGCACUACUGUAGGACUUGAAAUAUUAGCUAUUAACAGAACUGUCAGACAUCAGUUGAGUUACAUGUAAUGGGUGGAUAUAGAUUGCACUGCUAUGAGAUGUGAACGCUCUGUUGAUUUCCUGACAUGCACGGAGGAAAACAAACUCUCCACCUUAUGUAACAGCAACAAUAUUAGAUAUGUUCCCAAAUACUAAUUUCAAUAUUUCAAUGGAGAUACAUUUUCUUGCCAAAUAUACACAAGGGACAUUUUUUAUUUUGGGCUAUCCCUUUUUGUAGCCCUUUACCUGGGUUACCUUGUCAGUGCUCUAUUGCUACUUUGUGAGACUAUUGCUCAACUUUCUCCCUGCUCUGCUGUAGCUCUGUCCUGCAAUUAAUCACAACAGGAUGUCACUGAUAUGUUUAAUGAUACUGUUCUUAUGUUGUAGUUUUCGUUUUUGAACAGUUUUAAUGAAGUCCAAACUCUUAUUUAAACAACAGCACAUUAUUUAUUUUAAAUCCCCCCCAAAAAAUAUAUUUUCAAAGUAUGUUGUACAUGGAGCAUAAACCAACUGGUAAUACAGUACUUAUAUAGCUUUGCAGUAUUUAUAGGAAUUCUUAUUUUUUCAUUUCUUUGUUUUGUUUUCAGAACAAUGUUCUCUUGACGUCUUUUUUUUGUCAACCUUGUUAAGUUUUUAGUAUACAGUACUUUAAGCAAAACGUGGCUCUGGACAAUGCAAUGUAAGCAUUACGAAUUGAGUAAACAAACAUGUUAACAUUUAAA